CCUGAGAGCCCCGAGCCUGGGACCGGUAGCGAGUGGGGAUCUGUAGAGCGUGGGGCCCGGAGUGUUGAGGAGAGGGAGCGCUCCUUUCCUCUGCCAACCCAGAAUUUGGGGAGCUGAGGGAAUGGGGAGCAGCCACCAGUUCAGGACCUCGGGCGGGAGAAAGAGGGUGCCUGGUGAGCGCGAGAACUCAGACCCCAGGGGGUGGGUGUGGAGCAGAGGAGGCUGUGCUGGCACAGGCCAUUUAUUUGGUGUUUGUGACAGGCCUGACCUCACCUAACUGGCCUGCAACUCCCACGCCCCAUCUCCCCUUCACCUUCAACCCCCUCAACCCUGUACCCCGUUUUCCAAGUCACGAGGCGUUUGAACUAAUGAGCUGGAGCUGGAAGGGGUUGGGGGGCCUGUGACCAAGGUGAGGUGCGCCUUGUAGGCUCAGCAGAGGAAGGGUUCCUGGCUCCAGUCUCAUCCAGUGUCAGCCCUGGGCCACGGGUGGAUAAAUGGGGCGUUGCCUGAGGGAGUGACUGAAACAGCAGGACAUCCAUGUUUCUUGUUGGAAACAUCAAAGUUUUCCUUCCCCACGCUGUCCCUAGCCCUCCAUCCCUGUUACACCUUCUCCUGGGGUCUGUGUGAGGGAGAGUGCAAAGCCCUGAUAGCCCCUCCUCUGGAAGUCAGUGACUAAGGUAGCAUCAGAUGGCAGCUUCAUAUCGUAGCCAUCAUAGAGAAUCCUAUUUUGAGUGAUUUUAAUUUUCUUCUGGGCGACUAGUGAUAAUUCCCGAAAAUACCAAGGACUGAAAAGUGGAUGGUGACUGCAGAAGCUGGAGGGCUAAGGAUAAACCAGCUCACAGUGAGAAACCCUGAUGUACCAGACCAAGAAUAUUUUAAAUGUGAAUCUUGGUUCUCUACAAGCUGUUUUAAUUAAUUAAGGGGAAUAUGCAAGUGAGGUUUCUUAUCAGUAUUUCUGGCUUCAAAAAGGUUGACUUGAAACAGACUUCCAAGACAUAUACAAUGUGAUAAAACAAGUUAAACUCAAGAGAGUCAGAGAGCUGAGACAGAGGGAGAAUACUAGCAGGAAAAUAGAAUGAAACAGGGUAAACGGAAGUUUUACAGAGCUGGUGCCUUUCCCAGAAUAAAUGUGCUAAGACAAGAAGAUUGAAAAUGGUGGGGUCUUCUGACCUGUCUUCUGAAGUUGUGAAGGAUCACUCCCAUCUCACUCUAUUGGUAACCUCCUGGGCUGAAUAUCUUCUGCGUGCUCCGUGAGGUCAGUCUCUUCCUCUCCAUCCUGCAUUAUGACUUGUAUGAAUGACUUACAUAGACAGCACUGGAACUUCUGGCUUUACGUGUAGUCAACGAGAAACACAGAGACCACAUUUUCCCUGCCAAGACACUGACACACAUUUACCAACCCACCUUCUAUGUGGAGUCUGAUCCUAUAUUGCUCAGAGAAGCCUCUGAAAUCAGGCCUGCAUCAUGAUGCACAAUUUUGUAGGCCCCACAUCAGUCACUAUUGUGAAGCAUGAUGGAGUCAUGAAGGAACAGUUGACAAGGGUAGGAACUCCUCUACAUCUUCAUCGUCAGUGACUCCAAAAUCUCUCACCAGUACUUCACCUCCACCAGUCCAUGGACUAUUCUAGCUGAAUUCUUCAAAUGAGUGUCCAGCUGCAUCUGUCCUAAGAUCCCGAAUAUCAGCAGAAAGAAACAGUCGUCCGUCCUUCUCAUCGAGAAUUGUCCUCAGGAACUACAGAGAGGAGAUAAAAUACAGUUCUGUGGAGAUGAAGUAGCCUGCCCAAGGACACAGAUCUGAGUUAGCAGCUCUGGACUUUAAACUUCCCAGUUUUAAACUGAGAAGUUGAAUUAAAGAAAGUCAUCCUCCGUGUAAUCAGCAUAACAAAAUGAGAGGUGGAGAAACCAGGCUGGGAAGAAGUAAGAUCUUCUGCUGAACCAUCUUGCCUUUUGCCCAAAACACAGCAGCCUCAACUCUUGCUCAGAAUUUACCUGCCCCGUUUUUGUGCACAGCCUGAAGGGAUGCUUUCCCACUCCAGAGCGCCUUUCAUGCUUGAGGCCUGAAACAUGACCACCAGUAGCCACGCAUGUCCAGUUCCGGCAGUGAAUGGACACAUGACUCACUAUCCAGCCGCACCCUACCCAUUGCUCUUUCCACCAGUCAUCGGAGGACUGUCCCUGCCUCCCCUCCAUGGCCUCCAUGGCCAUCCUCCUCCUAGUGGAUGCAGCACCCCAUCACCUGCAACCAUUGAAACCCAGAGCACCAGCUCUGAGGAACUGGUCCCCAGUCCUCCAUCUCCACUGCCUCCCCCUCGAGUGUACAAACCCUGCUUCGUCUGCCAGGACAAAUCAUCGGGGUACCACUAUGGGGUCAGCGCCUGUGAGGGCUGCAAGGGUUUUUUUCGCAGAAGCAUUCAGAAGAACAUGAUUUACACUUGUCACCGAGAUAAGAACUGUGUUAUUAAUAAAGUCACCAGGAAUCGAUGCCAGUACUGUCGACUCCAGAAGUGCUUUGAAGUGGGAAUGUCCAAAGAAUCCGUCAGGAAUGACAGAAACAAGAAAAAGAAGGAACCUUCAAAGCAGGAAUGUACGGAAAGCUAUGAAAUGACAGCUGAGCUGGAUGACCUCACAGAGAAGAUCAGAAAAGCUCACCAGGAAACCUUCCCCUCGCUCUGCCAGCUGGGCAAGUAUACCACGAAUUCCAGUGCCGACCACCGCGUCCGACUGGACCUGGGACUCUGGGACAAAUUCAGCGAGCUGGCCACCAAGUGCAUUAUUAAGAUCGUGGAGUUUGCUAAACGUCUCCCGGGCUUCACCGGCUUGACCAUCGCAGACCAAAUCACCCUACUGAAGGCCGCCUGCCUGGACAUCCUGAUUCUUAGAAUUUGCACCAGGUACACCCCAGAACAAGACACCAUGACUUUUUCAGAUGGCCUUACCCUAAAUCGAACUCAGAUGCACAAUGCCGGAUUUGGUCCUCUGACUGACCUUGUGUUCACCUUUGCCAACCAGCUUCUGCCUUUGGAAAUGGAUGACACAGAAACAGGCCUUCUUAGUGCCAUCUGCUUAAUCUGUGGAGACCGCCAGGACCUUGAGGAACCAACAAAAGUAGAUAAGCUACAAGAACCAUUGCUGGAAGCACUAAAAAUUUAUAUCAGAAAGAGACGGCCCAGCAAGCCCCACAUGUUCCCAAAGAUCUUAAUGAAAAUCACAGAUCUUCGCAGCAUCAGCGCUAAAGGUGCAGAACGUGUAAUUACCUUGAAAAUGGAAAUCCCUGGAUCAAUGCCACCUCUCAUUCAGGAAAUGCUGGAGAAUUCUGAAGGACAUGAACCUUUGACCCCAAGUUCAAGUGGGAACACAGCAGAGCACAGUCCCAGCAUCUCACCCAGCUCAGUGGAAAACAGUGGUGUCAGUCAGUCCCCACUGGUGCAAUAAGACACUUUCCAUCAACUUCAAACAUUCCCCAGUAACUUCAGUUCCGGGAUUUAAAAUGCAAGAAAAAACAUUUUUACUGCUGCUUAAUUUUUGGACCGAAAAUAUAUUAAAACUCAAGAAGGACCAAGAAGUUUUCGUAUGUAUCAAUAUAUACUCCUCACUGUCUAACUUACCUAGAAAUGCAAACUUUUUAAAUUCUAAAAAUCAGCCAUUUCAUGCAACCAGAAACUAGUUAAAAGCUUCUAUUUUCCUCUUUGAACACUCAAGAUUGCAUGGCAAAGACCCAGUCAAAAUGAUUUACCCCCGGUUAGGUUUCUGAAGACUUUGUACAUACAGAAGUACGGCUCUGUUCUUUCUAUACUGUAUGUUUGGUGCUUUUGUCUUGCAUACUCAAAAAUGACCAAGCCACACCAUGGUUAUAAAACAGACUACUGUACAUGUCCAGCUCAGAAAGGUUCAAAACGAUGACUGUCUUGCCUUCACAGGAGAAUCAAGACAUCAAGGUAAGGAAAUGGGACUAUUGUACAGUAUGACAAGAUAAGGCUAAAGAUUUUCUAAUUUAGUUAGUAUGGAAGCUUGUUCUUGCAAACUGCAUCUUUUAUUUCAUGUUGCCCAGUAAAAGUAUACAAAUUCACUGCACUAGCAGAAGAGAAUUCUGUAUCGGUGUAACUGCCAGUUCAGUUCAUCAAAUGUCAUUUGUUCAGUUGUUAAUGUCACUUUAAAUUAAAAGUGGUUUAUUACUUGUUUAAUGACAUUACUACACAUUUUUAAAAAAAGAUACAUUUUUACAGUAAUGAUAGCCUCCAAGGCAGAAACACUUUUCAGUGUUAAUAAGUUUUUGUUUACCUAUUCACAAGCCAUUAGGGGAAUUUCAUGGGCGAAUGAGCAGGCUGGUUUACCACCUGUACCAAGUAACUCUGUUGUCCUUCCUGAUUCAUGCCUGCUACGGGGUUUUUUUUUCCCAGCCUUCUUCAUGCCCAGUGGCUAAUAUUAAUUCCCCGAGGUAUGGGCAGAAUCUGCAUCCUUUGACCUUGUUCAAUCACUAUGAAGCAGAGUGAAAGCUGUGGUAGAGUGGUUAACAGAUACAAGUGUCAGUUCUUAGUUCUCAUUUAAGCACUAGUGGAUUUUUUUUUUUGAUAUAUUAGCAAGUCUGUGAUGUACUUUCACUGGCUCUGUUUGUACAUUGAGAUUGUUUAACAAUGCUUUCUAUGUUCAUAUACUGUUUACCUUUUUCCAUGGAGUCUCCUGGCAAAGAAUAAAAUAUAUUUAUUUUAAA